AUGUCUUCCUCGACGAUUGUGUCCCGGGACACCGUGGACGCUGCGACCUUGUCCGACAUUGCACGCGCGUGUGACGUAUACCCCGACAUGAUUGAAGACGUCUACCCAUGCACCGACUUCCAGGUCAACACCAUGGUCGAGUCGGCCCUCCGCAGCUCCGGCUUCACGCACCGCUACGCCUUCAAGCUCGCCCACACAGUCGACCUGGACCGCCUCUGCGAUGCCCUGCAGCAAGUCGUGUCGCGCAACGCCAUGCUGCGGACUCGCAUCGUCGACACACGCCGGGGCUUCGUCCAGGUUGUCACAAACCAGCCACACCGCACCAGGCGCCUGUCCGGCAGCCUCGACCACUUCUUUGGGACAGACACGACCAGCGCCCUGGGCCUCGGAGAAGCGCUGUUCCACUCGGCCAUUGUCAACAGGAGGCUGGCGCUGGCCAUGCACCACGCCAUCAUGGACAUGACGGCCUUGUUCGCCCUCGUCGGCGACCUGGUGCGCAUCUACCGCGGCCAGGAACCCGAGCCGCGCCGGCCGUUCAAGGCCUUCGUCGCGUGGUGCCGCAGCAUCGACGACGCGGCGGCAAAGGCAUUCUGGGCCUCGAGGUUCAAGGGCAACCCCGUCGCCUACCCCCAUGUUGAGCCGAGCUACAUGCCCCAGGCGACUCGGAAGCUCGGCAGCCUGCUCGAGUUCAGCCACGUCGACGCGCAGGUCCCCAUCUUCCAGAUGCCCGCCUACAUCGAGCUUGCGUGGGCCGUGACCCUCGGAGCCUAUGUCGGCAGCAACGUUGCCUACGGCGUGGCGCUGUCCGGCCGACAGACCGGCUCCGACAUGGACGUGAAUCUGCACGGCGCGGACCUCCCGGGCCUCGAGACCGCCAUGGGGCCCACGGCCGUCGUGGUGCCCGUCCAAGCCCGGUGGUCGUCGGCGUCGACCAUCCGGGAGAUGCUCAAGGACAUGCGGGCGUCGCUCCGGCAGCUCCAGACAAGCCCGGCCCUGCAAUACGGGCUGGCCAAUAUCCGCGCGAGCAGCGAGGCCGCCCGGGCUGCCUCCGAGUUCCAAGCCGUGCUCAGCAUCCAUCCGCCCUUGCCCGAGCUCUGCGACACCGGGGAGCUCAUCUUUGAGCGCAACGACGAGCCCGCCAACCCGUUUGCCUUUUCUUUCCACUGCAUGUUCAUUGGCCCCGGCGUCUCCAUCAAGGUCUUGUACGACCCAGAUAUCCUGGGUGAGCCGCAGAUGAAUAGGAUUCUGAACCAAUUCAAACACACCCUGACCGCAUUGUUGGAGGCGGACCUGGACUCGCCGCUGGGGUCCGUGCCGCUGCUGAACCGACAUGAUCAGUCGGAAAUCCUCGCGUGGAACGGCGGCGCCGUCCCCGAGCCACAUGCCGAGUGUCUGCACGAUUCGUUCCGCGCCCAGGUGCAGAGGUCGCCCGAGGCCACGGCGAUCGAAGCGAGGGACGGGAGCGUCACCUAUCGCGAGCUGGACCGCUUGUCCGACAGCCUCGCCGGCGAGCUCACGCGAAGACGGCUAGCCGUCGAAAGCCCGGUGGCCGUGGUCUUUGAGAAAUCCAUGUGGAUGCCCGUCGCCGUGCUGGGCAUCCUCAAAGCCGGCGGCGCAUGCGUUCCCAUCCACGCGGCCGAUCCGCCUUCUCGCAAGGAGGCCCUCAUCGCCAGUGCGGGUGCCAAGACGGUCCUGGUCUCGAGCGAGGACGCCUUGGGCCCGAGCAGCUCGGCACACGACGUCUUGCUCGUCGACAAGGCGACCAUCUCGGGGUUUGCACGUACCCACGGCGCGGAACGGCCGCCGACUCCGUCGCCCGUCACGCCAGCAAAUCUCGCCUACAUCGUCUUUACCAGCGGCAGCACCGGCACGCCUAAGGGGGUCAUGUUGGAACACGGCUGUCUGCAGUCUGCGCUCAAGGUCAUCAUCCAGACACAAGACUACGAGCCGGGAUUCAGAAUGAUGCAAUUCGCGGCGCACGUGUGGGACGCCAGCAUAGUCGAGAUGCUCGGGACGCUCCUCUACGGUGGCUGCCUCUGUAUACCGUCCGAGGAGGAGCGUCUGGCAAGUCUCGCCGACUUUAUACAGUCGCAGCGAGUGGAAUCCGUGCUGCUCACGCCCACGAUGCUGCGGAGCCUGUCCCCCGACCAAGUCCCGGGUUUGAGAGUCGUCUACUCGGUAGGCGAGCCGGUCGAUGCCUCGGCUCACAGGAUUUGGGGCCGGCAGACGCGAUUGCUCAACUGCUGGGGGCCCUGCGAAGGGGGCAUCGCCAAUACCAUGGCACAUCUGACGCCGGAUUCCCCCUUCCCCGAGACCAUUGGCAGGCCCAAGAACUGUGCAGUCUGGAUCGUCCACCCGGAGAAUAGCGAUGAGCUCUGCCCCAUUGGAGCCACCGGAGAGCUCAUAGUCGAGGGUCCCGGCGUGGCCCGCGGCUAUUUGAAUGAUGCCGUCAAGACCAAGGCCUCGUUUAUACCUCCUCCGCGCUGGAGCCGGAGCCUGCUGCGUCGGGGGGAUAAUACCAAGGCUGCACGGUUUUAUCGCACUGGCGACUUGGGUCGGUAUAACUCCGAUGGUAGCAUCAGCUACCUGGGCAGGAAGGACAGCCAGGUCAAGAUUCGCGGCCAGAGAUUUGAGCUGGGCGAGGUCGAGAACGUCAUCAGCAGCAGCCCCGAGGUCAGAGACGUGUUUUUAUCGACAAAGAUUCAUCGGGGCCGCAACGAGCUCGUCGCGGUGAUUUCCUUGGCUGACGCCCAGCUCCCGCGCGGUGAUGGGCUGCGGCAUCUGCCCUCAGCCUAUACUCGAGUCGUGGCCCGACAUCUCCAGUCCAUUCGGGAAUGCGUGCGGCUUAGGCUCCCUUCCUACAUGGUUCCGAGCAUCUGGCUCGCGGUUGAAAAGGUGGCACAGUCAGCCUCGGGAAAGGUAGACCGGCAUUGCAUGAGCAACUGGCUCAAGGCCAAGGAUGUCUCGAUGGCCAAGGCCGCCAUGGAAGAGCAAGCAGAUGCGGAGCUGACUCCGCCUGACACAGUCGAGGAAAAGCUGGUCCAGUACGUCUGGGCAUCAGUACUGGACAUUCCGGAGACGAGUAUUGGCAAGGAGAGCUCGUUUACGCGGCUGGGAGGGGACUCGAUCAUGGCUAUGCAGGCGUCCCAUCUACUGGCUCGGAGUGGCAUCCCCAUAGCCACCUCUUGGCUGCUGCGGAACCAGACUCUCCAGUCGGCUGUUGAAGCCGCUCUAUUAGCAAAUGUGGAGGGAGAUGAGGCCGCGCCGGUUGCGACAAGGAGACCGCGGGAUACCAGUCUUGGUGGUCUCCAUGACCGGCUCUCGCGGCUCAGCCUAUCGAAUCCCCAGUUCAAACAUGAAAACAUUGAGAGCAUCGCGCCAGCAACUGAUACACAAGCCUUGUUCCUGACCAUUGGCCCUCCCGGCGUCGAGGGCGAGACGGGAUACCACACCAGCUUCACACUCGACUUGACUCCUGCUCUUGAUGCGGCCAAGCUUCGGUCAGCCUGCGAGCAGGUGAUUCAGCAUCACGCCAUAUUGCGCACCGCCUUUGUCCAACAUGGACAUAUGCUCUACCAAGUGGUGUUCAAGACGCCAACCUCGGAGACGAUUACGAUAGAAGAAGGCGGCUCGCCUGCCACACCCGCCUUCUUCGGCAAAGGCAGCAAUCUGGCCCGAUUUUACUUAUUCAGCCGAGAUGAGCUCUGCAACAGUAUCCGUCUUGACAUUCACCAUGCGCUGUACGAUGCCGCGUCGUUUGACUUGCUGCUUCGAGACCUCGAUGCGGCAUACAACAACGGCCAAGUGCGACGAGGCGGCCCUCGCUACCACGCUUGGAUAUCACACCUGGAAGCGCUCGAUGGCACGGCGUCGCGGCAGUUCUGGAUAGACGUGUUGCGAGGCUCCUCGAUGACGCAUCUGGCCGCUCCCCGAAUCAUGCCUGCCCAGGGGUAUCAUCUCAGAGAUUGCUGCAGUCUCAGUGUGCCCCUGCGCAAGCUGCAAAACUCACUCGGGACACCUUCAACCACACUCAAGGCGGCCUGGGCCCUUGUCCUCUCGGCGGCCCUCGGCACAAACGACGUCGUGUUUGGCGAAAUCAGCGCCAGUCGCUACCUGACCAUGCCGGGCAUCGAUCAGGUCUGCGGACCCUGCAUCAACUUCGUCCCAGUCAGAGCCAUCACCCGUCGUGAAGCCACCUUGGCCUCGUUGAUUGCACAGCUUCAGCACCAAGAGACAGAGGGCAUGCAGUACCAUCACCUGGGCCUACGGUCCAUCGUCAGGGACUGCACCACAUGGCCCAGCUGGACGCCGCUAAGCACCUGUAUUUCAUACCAGAGUCACAGAUCUGUGGACGCGUCCGUCCCCAUCGGCAAGGCCAAGGGGGUCUUUUCGAUCGACGGCGGCGCCUCACACGCCGCCGACGUAAUGAUGGCGGCUAUUCCUCGCGGCGGGGAGCUACAGAUUCAACUUUAUUACAACUCAGACACGAUCCCCGCAAACCGGAUGAAUUGGAUCUGCCAGACUCUGGAAACGGUGAUGCAAGCCAUCCCCGCUGGUAUCCAGAAGAUCCAAGGCCAGAUACAAGACAUUGUCCGGCAGAGCACGGGCACGUGGCCCGCGGCAACGGGGUCGUCGCCAUUGAGCGUGGGCGAGGCACAAUACCCCCCGGCACCAUGUCCUUCACAAGGCGCCAGAGAUGUCGUGAUUCAGGGGUGGAAGGAACUAGGGCUGGCAGUUGGUCUGGGAGACAAAGGUUCCAUGUUCGCUGACGAUGCCGACAUUGUCAGCGCCAUGCUACUGAGCGAGUACUACCAGUAUCGCGGGUAUGACGUCUCCAUCAAGGACGUUAUUCGGCAUCCGAGCCGCCUGUUGCAAGCACACAUGCUGGAUGGAAAGAGCCCGCCGAGGAAUCUGCAAGAAGAAGGGACAAUGCGUCGCUGCUGA